CAAAUCUUAGCUGCUGUCGUUUGUCGAUAAGUAAUCCUAAUACUCAGGAACUCGCUUUUGUCUGAGAGAGGAUCUUGCUUUCUGAUUAUCAUUGCUUGGUCAGUUUUCAAACUCAGAUUUGAGCAAGAAGUUGGGUACUCGUGCGGUUAUACAAAGAACACGUAUACCUCCCGUUGUUGGCAUCUGUCGGAGAUGGGGGAGACAAAAAUACGUUCAGAUGUGGAACAACCUACUUAUGAUGGUGGAACAUAAACACGUAGAUGUCCGCAUUGGGAAAGUACCCAUGCAAUGGCUUUGAAGUUAUCAGCUGGCAAUGUCGUCGAACCACCAUCUUUCACGCUGAUUAUUUUUUUAAUUGAAUUUUUCUUCUGAAAUGCAUGUUAACAGUCUCGUGGAAGACACCUUGGAUUCCAACGAACGGUAUCAGUUACUUGAUGCAGAGACAAAAUGGAGGAGCAACAACUGAUCUGACGCUUUAGAAGACCUGACCAUAACACUUGCUCCUCCGUGCUCUACUCGAACCACUCUGGUAUCGUGCUUAUCGAGCAUCGACCAUAGGUGUAGUGUAGGGAGGUGGUGGCCCUGGCCCAUUGUAUUUUCCGUAGAGUCGGUAACAUAUUACGCCCUAGGAAAUAUUGUCGGAGUAUAUUUUCCGUAUCCAUGUAAGGAUCGAAAUUCUCCAUAAACUAUAUAAACUAUAUAUAACGAUAUUCGAUAAAUCAAGUAUACCAUACUUAUCGAAGAAAAUCCCGUUAAAAGAUGGAAUUAUGUCGAUCUCAGCAGCUUAUUUCCUCCCAACAGCUGCAGCCGUCAUCACCACUGAUAAGAGUUUGUGUUGGUGGUGGCGGUGGUGGUGAUAAAGAUGUUUUUUCUGAACCUCCUCCUCCUAUAGGUUUUAGAUUUAUACCAGAAGAACAUCACUUAAUUGAUUACUUGAAGAAGAAGUUUCAUAACCGUAAUGAGCACUUUCCAUUAAUUCUUGAAAAGAACAUCUAUGACGAUGAUGACUGCCAUCCUCGGAAACUUUUAGAAUCACAUGGAACGGAAGGAGUUGUAUACCUCUUUUCACCAAGAUUUCGUAAAUACCCUAAUGGGACACGACCAAGACGUACUACGAAACACGGAAAAUGGAAGAAUAGUACAAAGGAGCUACCCGUCAUGGAUCAUAAGGGGGUUAGAAUAGGCAAGAAGAGUGGUCUUGUAUUUCUCCCAGGUCCUGAAGAUAAAGCGAAAAAUUGGUGUCUGUGCGAAUAUUGGAUCCCUGAGUUUCAAAUUCCAAAAAAAAAAAAGGCCGAACGUAAAGCUGAACCAAUCCCGAAUAUGAUGGAUGAAUUUGCUAUAUAUAAAUUAUUCUUGAGCAACGAUCCCCAAAGACAAGGUAAAAAAACAGGUAGAAAACGAGUUAAAGAACUAAGUGGCAGUACUGUAAAAUUACCAGCUAAAAAACUUGCUCAACGAGUUCAAGAACCAAGUAGCAGUACUGUAAAAUUACCAGCUAAAAAACUUGCUCACGGAGGUUCGGGUGGACUUCAAAAGGUAGAAGCAGUCUGCAAUAUUCAAAAUCGUCAACUGCAGCAUGGAAUGGCUGGACUUCAAAAUGCAGAAGCAGUCUACAAUAUUCAAAAUCGUCAACUGCAACAUGGAAUGGCUCAAGUAGGUAAUGGCCAAGCUCAUUACACCCAUAAUGAGUUAAGUUAUAUUCGUAAUCAUAAUGAAGUUAAUAAUAAUGACAAGGAAGAUGCAGAUGAACAGUUCUUCCAGAAUUGCGUUUUUAUAAUGGAUAGUGAUCAUUAUAGUGAUCACAACUUCGACACAUUUCCUUACCCUGCCAUCACACAUUUGAAUCGCGGGUCUCAUAUCAACAAUAAAAGCACUCAUUCAUUCUACAAAGACUCGGCAAACGACAAUAUAAUCAGUAACUACAAUGGAUUACAAGGUGGUGGCGGUUCUGGAGGAGGCUUAGGUAGGACCGAGUCUGGCUGGGAAAACAACAAUAUAAUCAGCAACUACAAUGGAUUACAAGGUGGUGGAGGUUCUGGAGGAGGCUUUGGUAGGACCGAGUCGGGCUGGGCAAACAGCAGUAUAGUCGGCAACUACAAUGGAUUACAAGGUGGUGAUUCUGGAGGAGGCUUUGGUAGGUCAGAGUAUGGUUAUGAACUUCCACCAUUUCCUGAUGAACUUGUUCCUAAUUAUAACCUUUACAGCAAUAGUGUUAGUCAGGUGUACGGCGGCAUAGCUUCUGUACAAAGCCAUGCUCCAUGGCAACAAGAAUAUCCACAAGAGUUGCCUCCUUACUGAUGAUCCUGACAAUUUUCCUGCUGCUGCUGAGGAUCUCUAUGAAUGUGCAUGAUAUAGUAACAAGGAAGAGAUCAGAGUAUGUUAAUAAUUUUCUUUGCCUAGCUUUUUUUUUUUUUUUUGAAGCAUUUGCCUAGCUAGUUUUGUAGGUCGUAACUACCUUCUUUUUUUUUUGAUCGGUUAGGUCGUAACUAUCUUCGUACAGAGGUUUAAAAACUAGUGUAGAUUUGUUUUUGAUUUUUAUAUAGUUGGUUCAUCUUAAUUCUGAGCA